GAGCAAUCUAAAGUGAAAAUUGCGCGCUUUGAAAUGCUCGUGUGAUUAAAUUCAAAGUAACUGAGCAACGUUUGUUUUUCAUACUUCAGUAUAUUUCUUGAUUAAUUUCGAAUAAUGUUUCCACAACUCACUACUGGAGCCAUAAAUCGAAUCCUUAAUGGAGAAGAUGUGGCAAAUGCUGUUAUUCAGAUACUUGGUUGUAAAAAGAUUCCUGGGGCUGGAAAUGACCGUUACCGUCUUCUCAUAUCAGAUGGUGUUACUGGCUGCCCUUUUGCCAUGCUUGGAACACAACUAAACCACAUGGUUGCAAAUAAAGAAUUGGAGAAAUUUACCAUUGUGCGAGUGGAUAAAUGUGUUUGCAAUCAAGUGCAGGCUGAUCGAAAGGUGAUCAUCUUAUUGAACUUGACUGUUUUAGUCCCAGGUAAUGAGGUUAAUGAAAAAUUAGGGAAUCCAGUCAAUUCAUCUACUGGUGGUGGUGCAUCAACAGGAACUACUACUAAUGCACCAGCUGUAAAUGGUGUUCCUAAAACAAAUUAUUCAAAUCAGAGUGCAGUAUCUGCUAAUGAUUCAUCAGGGAUAAAUGGAUCUGUAUCAGUUCAUCCCAUCAAUACUUUAACUCCUUAUCAAAAUAAAUGGACAAUUAAAGCUCGGGUAACCAACAAAACACCUCUUCGUACCUAUAGCAAUUCAAGAGGAGAAGGGAAAGUGUUCUCUGUCAAUCUUUUGGAUGAAAGUGGCGAAAUCAAAGCCACAGGAUUUAAUGAUACUGCUGAUAAAUAUUAUAAUAUGCUUGAAGUAAAUAAAGUGUACUACAUAUCCAGAGCUACUUUAAAGACGGCUAACCAGAGGUUUUCAACAGUGAAGAAUGAUUAUGAAAUUACAUUUAAUAAUGAUACUACAAUUGCUCCAUGUGAAGAAAGCUCGUCAUCUAUUCCUAUGCUGCAGUAUGAUUUUGUACCAAUCGCUCAGAUAGAGCAAGUUGAAAAAGAUUCCAAUAUCGAUGUUAUUGGAGUAUGCAAAAGCUGCUCAGAUCUGCAGACAUUUGUUGCAAGGACAACUAAUAAGGAAAUGACAAAGCGAGAUAUAAAAUUGGUUGAUCGUAGUAAUCGAGAAGUUAACUUAACACUCUGGGGGAAGGAAGCCGAAAAUUUUGAUGGGAGUUUGAAUCCUGUCGUAGCUGUAAAAGGUGCCAGAGUAUCCGAUUUCAAUGGUAAAUCUUUAUCUGUCACUAUGUCCAGUUCCAUGCAGAUCAAUCCUGAUAUUAAAGAAGCCCAUGUUCUAAAAGGAUGGUUUGAAAGAGAAGGUUACAAAAUGGAUGCUGAGUCCAUAUCUGCCAAGGGGGGGAGUUCAAACAUGGGUGGACAGUGGAAAACUUUUGCUCAGGCUGUCAGUGAACAGCUUGGUAUGGGUGAUAAGCCUGAUUAUUAUGUCAACAAAGCUACAAUCGUAAUGUUGAGGAAAGAAAAUUGUAUGUAUAUGGCAUGUCCUGGUGAGGAGUGUAACAAGAAAGUUAUCGAUAUGAACAAUGGAAUUUAUAGAUGUGAAAAGUGUAAUCGGGAAUACAGUGAAUUUAAAUGGCGCCUGCUUUUGUCGGUGAGUGUGGCUGACUUCACUGAAAAUCAAUGGGUGACAUGCUUCCAAGAGGCAGCAGAAGGUAUUUUGGGUGUCUCUGCACAAGAGCUAGGUAUGUGCAAAGAAACAGAUGAAGAACGAUACAAUGAGAUUUUAACUGAUGCCAAUUUCAAGUCUUAUGUUUUCAAGUUGCGCACUAAAAUGGAAACUUUUAAUGAGGAAAGUCGUUUGAAGACCACUGUCGUUAGUGCUACCCCAAUUGAUCAUGUCACAUAUGUUAGAAAAAUUAUUUCGGAUAUCAAGCAAAUGGAGCAGGAGAUUUAAACUGUUUUACGAUGAAAUUGUUUUGCAGUUUACAUUUUUAUGUUAGAAUUUAUGAAAAGGUCUGUAGGAAACUUUAAAGAUAAAUCUUUAUUCAUAGAAACUUAAUAUAAUUAAGUUUAGAUAAGUCUUGGAUUUUUUUUUCAAACUUGAAUGUUUCAUGUUUCUUAUAGAAUUUCAAUCCUUUAUUAAAAUCAUACAUUAUGAAACACUUUUUAAUCAUGUUUACUAUGUCACUCGUAUUAUUAUUCUUAUUUCUAUUGUGGUGUUAAUAUUUUUGUAUUCAUUUUGAAAUAAUAAGCUGCAAUAAUCAUUGUGUAUUUUCUGUUCAACGUAAUAGUUAUUAUGUUGUAUUAUAUCUUUUUGCAUGUGAAUUAGUUUAAAAAUUACAAGUGUUCUGAUAAAUGUAACAUUUUUGUUUCCUAGAAUGGUUUUAUUAUAAACAUAUUUGAAUAAUCGUAUCACUGAAUUUACUUGUAUGGAAAGAUUUUGAGUGUAUUAUUUUGUCAUUCAUUUAAAGGGUCAUCUGCCAUUUAAUGUAGUAUAUUCAUCAUUUAUUUUGUAUUGUAGCAGUAAAACCAAAAAAGUGUUGAUAAUAAAUAUUUUAGAUAA